AGUAACAAGUAUCUGUGAGCUAACCAUUCACUUGAGAGUGGGCAAAAAGAAAAGCAAAUUUUAUAUAAAUAUAAAUAGUGAAAAGCCAAAGCAGCCGAAACUAAAUCAAAAACAAGCAGCAGUUGCAAUGGAUCCCUCGAACGGUGACAUGUAUACCCUGGAAGCCAAUCUGAUGAACCAAUCGCUGCGCGAACUGUCAGAUGGCGCGGCCAAGGACCCCAUAACCAGGCUACGCCUGCUCUGCCUCAGUCGCGGCGCAACAGGCAUUUUGGGGCUCGGCAGAGCCUUUCGCGCUAUGGACGACGAUGGCAGCAAGGCGCUGAAUGAGGAGGAAUUUAUAAGUGGUAUACGCGAUACGGGCUUGGAUGUGACGGACGAUGAAAUUAAACAAAUGUUUAAUAUUUUCGAUGAGGAUGGCAGUGGCUCCAUUAACAUGACUGAGUUUUUAGUUAAACUGCGCCCCGCUAUGAAUCAAGCACGCAUCUCUAUAAUCGAUCAGGCCUUUAAUAAAAUGGAUAGAGAUAAUGAUGGUGUCAUUACCAUUGCUGAUCUGAAGAAUGUUUACUCAGUGAAGGAGCAUCCCAAGUACCAAAGCGGUGAGAUGAGCGAAGAUGAAAUCUUGACUGACUUUCUGCACAACUUUGAAGGCGGUCGUGGCAAUUUGGAUGGCAAGAUUACGCGCGAGGAGUUUAUUAACUAUUAUGCCACCAUUAGCGCCUCGAUCGACAACGAUAUGUACUUCGAUCUGAUGAUGCGUCAAGCUUAUCGCAUGUAAAUUCGCAGCCGCCGCUAUAUUUUACUCAAUUGUCAAUCUCAAGCGCUUAAUAUUUAUUAUGGCUCAUACAAUAUACAUCUAGUUUAAA